GAGGCAGGAGGCAGACUGGGACUCUUGGACAGAUGCACUGGGAUCGCUGGCUGUCUCCCAGUCAGGAGACUAGAGACUGAUGGAUACGCUGGACGCUGUGGCUGAUGCAGUGGAUGAGGAGUCUGGACUGGAUUUGGGUUGGAUUGUCCCACGGCUGUGGAGUUUGUUCCCAUAUCACAUGCAGAGACUUUCUGCUGCUUUGGAGGAAAAUCCUAAUUCUACAACUGAGUAGAGAGCAACAAGGAGUCAGGACACACACUGGAAACAACUUGCCAAAACAUGCUUUUGGCUUACCUUACCUCACUCAAAGCUACAUUUGAGAUUGGUUUAAUUACCCAUAAUCAGUAGGGUGCUGUGUUUUUUUUUUUUGACUUGACGGAGAUAGAGACCUUUUUUAAAGAGAGGUACAUCUGGAUCCAACUGAAUUAUUACUUUCUGUGUAGUCUGAGUGGUUUAUUUCAGCUGGAGACAACACUGGCUCAGAGAUGACUGGAGCCCUGCGCACUGGACUCAUGCUCAUACUCUCGUUUAUGGUGGUAUGUGAGAGUGAGCCAACACAUGCUGGGCCAGACACAGUGGGGGGCUCACAUGGAAAGUCCACAAAGGUCCACCUGAGGUCUCACUCAGCCUUCCAGCUGGUCAAUGACUCGCUGGCCUUUUCCAGGGCAGACAGUUUUUGCAGAGGCCAGUUCAGCUCCCUCGCUACCCUGGACCCGUCAGAGGACCAGGAGGGGGCCUUGGAGCUACUCCAGCAGACUGGUCUUCAGUCACCUAUCUGGGUCAGGGAUUCCAGCAAAGCAGCCUCCAAACCUGUGGCCCUGGCCAAGCAGUACGUUCGAUUCUCAGCUCUAAACUUCCCAAAGGACUCCCGUGAUGGCUUUGCUCGUGUCAACAUGUCGCUCCCUGCACUGUCCUCUGUCAGUGUGUGUGUUCGCCUUCAGUGGGACACUGAGUGGAAUGAGGUGUCCACCAUCUUCUCCUACGCUGCCCCCGUCUUUACCAAUGAAUUCCAGCUGCGAGGUCAAGUGGAUAUGCGGGAACGCAUCCUCCUGGCACUUAUAAUCCACGGGAAGCACCUGCCAUAUAAGGCGUCCUUCCCCAAUGACGGAGCAUGGCAUCACAUCUGUGUCACAUGGCGCCGCAGCAGCAGCCACUGGGCUAUCUACGUGGACGGGGACAGGAAGGACACAGGUUCAGGCACAGACACUUCCAGGGAUAUCCAUGGAGAUGGGAUAUUUAUUCUGGGUCAGGACCAAGAUUCCUUUGGAGGGAAUUUUACAGAGCCAUUUUUUGGAACUAUCACUGAUCUGAAUGUUUGGAAUAUGUCCCUGGACACGAGACAUGUCACAGCCCUCAAAGCAUGUUCACCCAUGACCCAUGACGUGCUUUUCAGCUGGAACAUGGACUUGCUGAGCUGCCACCCAGUGGUCAAAGAGGUGCAGGCCCUGCUGUUUUGUCCAGCAGUGCACCAGCAGGUGGAGCUGCAGGGCUGCAAGACUCUGCAGAGCUGGUCACACCAGCUCCCACAGUUUGGACUGGCUGACUGCUCUGAUCCACUGCCGUUCAUCUGCAGGAGCAGCAGAGAGCGUUACCUGAAGAUGAAGCAGAUGAGUGAUUCUCAGAGGUCUCAGCCGACCACCUUCAUGAACCAUCUGAUGAAGAUUUCCAACAAAACCCAGCCCGUGCUGGAGCAGCAGCCUUCAGGGCUGAGUAGCCUCGCCCAAGCCUCUGCCCUGCUGGAUGUCUCUGUCCAGGCCUUGGAGGACACCCAGCAGGAGGGACUGCAGCCGGCAGACAUGGUGUCCCUCAUCCAGCUUCUGUCUCUGGCUGCUGACAUCCCCACGCAUCCAUCGGCUGACUCCACCAACCAAAGCCAGGAGAGCAUCCAGGAGCUCAGCCAGCACUUUGUCAGUGUGGCGGACAGCAUCCUCAGUGAAGACAACACCGCGAAGUGGCAGGCCAUCAGAGAGGUGGUGAAUGGCCCCAUGGACGUGGUCAAGAGCAUUGACCGGAUGGUGACCAGCCUGAGCCCUCGCAUGAUGGCAGAGACUGAUCACCUGACUAUUCACAGCCCCAAUAUCAAAGUGGAGGUACAGCAGCACAUGCUGCAGGAAGGAUCCAGAGGACUGAGCUUCUGUGGGCCUGACACAGAGAAACACACCAACCUAGACUGUAUUUCAGUCCCACAUCAGAAGAUACAGGAUCUCCAUAACAACGGCUUCCAGAAGCUCACGUUGGUCAACACGUGGUAUGGCUCUCUGCGGCCUCUUUUCAGUCCUGAGGAGAACAUCACUAUGGUUCCCACCGUCACAGACGGCAGCCAGAGGUAUCUGGGCACCGUCCUGGGCUCCUCAGUCAUAUCCUCCACCGCACUGGGAGAUGACCAGCCAGUUAGCACGGCAGUUAGUUUCCAGCUCCAGCACAGAGUACAGAAUCCCACCGGUGCUGUGUAUGAUCCAGUGUGUGCCUUCUGGGAUUUUGAUCUCACUCCGGAGGCUGGUGGGUGGUGGAAUACCAGAGGCUGUGAGGUGGUGUCCAAAGAAUAUGGAUACACUGUGUGCCACUGCAACCACACCACCAAUUUUGCAUUGCUGCUGCAGGUUUACGAAGCCCAGAGGAGCCCAGAGAACGAAAACGCUCUGCAGGUGCUGACGUUCAUCGGCUGUGGAGUGUCUCUGUGUGGCCUCCUCUUCACCUUCAUCCUCUUCAUUGCUGUGGGUGUCCCUAAAUCAGACCGGACCACAGUCCACAAGAACCUGAUCGUUUCUCUGGGAACCGCUGAGCUGCUGUUGAUGUGCAGUGAUUGGGCAUCUGUCAACGAGGCAGCAUGCUUCAUGGUGACGGCACUGCUCCACCUCUUCUUCAUGGCAUCCUUCUCCUGGAUGCUGGUGGAGGGCCUGCUGCUCUGGAGCAAAGUCGUGUCCGUCAACAUCAGUGAGGACCGCAGGAUGAAGCUCUACUACGUCAUCGGCUGGGGACUUCCUGUUCUGAUAGUCGGUGUGACACUGGCAAUAUCAGUGGACGAGUACAAGGCAGAGGAUCACUGCUGGCUCAACGUGAAGACCGACACCAUCUGGGCCUUUGUGGGACCUGUUGUAUUUGUGUUGGCGGUCAAUGCAGUUGUGCUGUGUCGGGUUGUCAUGGUGACUGUUUCCAGUGCUCGUCGCCGUGCUAAGAUGCUCAGUCCAAGCUCAGCAUCAAAGAUGCAGACCUUUGACCUCACCUGGGCUGUGACCCGUCCGGUCCUCAUCCUGCUGCCGGUGCUGGGUCUGACCUGGCUAUGUGGAGUCCUGGUCCAUCUGUCUGUCGUGGUCGCCUAUGUCUUCAUUGCUCUCAAUGCCUUCCAGGGCCUGUACAUCUUCUUGGUGUACGCUGUUUACAACAGUGAGGUGAGGAAUGCCAUAAAGAGGAUCAAAGAGAAGAGAAAGGCCUUGUCUUUCACGAACUGUUCCCAGCCAACCAGCUUCCUGCCUUCCCAAAGGGCCCCAAUGACCUCCUGGUGCCGCAGUCCACCCACCCCCUCCAGCCCUGAGACCAGUGACACCUCUGGACCCCCCAGCUGCACCUCCACGUCCCUGGUCAUCAAGAAUGAGAGUUUCAGAAAAGAGAGUUUUGUGAGUUUCUCUUUGAAACAAGCAUCAGGAAACCAAGUGGUCCAGCUGACUGGGUUCAAACCAUCAGGUUGUUGAACUGCAAAUGGAGUGGAUCCUGAUACUUGGUUACACACACACACACAUACACACACACACACACACACACACACACACACAGAUCCCACCUGAGGAAGAGCUGGGAGGGAGAAUGUGGGAGAAGAUGAGCGUGGAGGGAAGAUGGAGCAGCGAGCUCCGCCUCUCUUGACACUGGCACCGUUGUGUUCUGAGCUCAGAUCAACACUGUUGCCUUGACUGACUUUAGCUUCCUGUUUCAGAGGCUAAAGCUAAAGACGAGACACUUUCCUGUGUCGCAGCAACACCAAACAUCCUGGUUACUGCAUGACUGGAGCUUGUUCAGUAAAGUAGAUAUACUUCAUGAAAACUGUAUUCUUAUAAUUUUCAUCUUUUAAUCAGGACAUAUUCACUCCGCUGUUCUGGGGUGGAGGCACAAAACUCAGCAUCAGCUGUCUGAAAACUUCACUUAAUAAAACUAAACCAGUGUAUCUGCAUGACUACAUGCACAUGUAUUCAGUAUUAUUCUUUUUUUACUUUUAUUUAGAUAUUACUGGCUUUACUGCACCAUGCAGUUUCUGACAGUUUCUGACACCAAACACAGAAGCAACAGUUUAAUUUCCAUAAAAUUACAUGAAUUAAAAUGAUGUAAUGUCUCCUUGUUGUUGUGUCCUCAUGUUUAGUGUAAAUAGUGAUUCAAGUCUGUGGUCCAUGGCAUGUUGUUUCAUUGUUACCUGACAUUUUCAGCGUUGACCACCAGGUUUAAGUGUCUUACUGUAAAAUGAUGAUCACAUGAUGAGAGAAGGCACAGAGCCAUGUGUGAUACUGUGAAUGUCUCACACAUACGUUUGCAUUAAACCUCCCAUUUUCUAUAAAUGUA